AGGAUGACAGGUGCAAGUUUCGUUGUGCGACACAUGUAAAUGCUUCCAACGGUUACAUUUUCCAGCUUGUGACUUGCUCAAAUUGCCUUCUUAGCUCUUAGAAUGGACCGCAGGGAUACAUCAGGGUUUGUCAGUGGUGGUUGCUUCAUCUUAGGGAGCUUACAGAUCUUUAGUUAUUAGAAUUUUCUUUUUUCCUAGGUUUCUUCUUUUCUCCACCUUAGAUCUCAGAAGUCCCACAAUUCAUUCUUUCCAUUUAUUUUUACUAUACUUAGUUUUGUUAGUUCUAGUUGUGAAUAUCAGUGCAUGGAUGGUAUCCCUGUCUAUACUACUAAUGUGGCUUCCCAGUCAAAAAAUCUCGGCAAUUUUGUCGACCCCACAGCCGCUCUAGCUUUUGGUUCACCUGGUGAGUCAAGCUUGUGCUUUUCCAAGCAAAGCAAGAGAAAAUGUAGUGCUGUUGAUCUGCCCAUUACUUUGAAAGAUGGGUCUUCUCUGGUUCUUGGUCUUGGAUGUUCGUCAACCUCGUUCACUACAAUUUGCUCAGGUGAUGAAAUGGAACAUGAGUCUUCUAUAGAUCUUGGUCUAAGUAUCAACCCGUUAUCCAAUGUGAAGAAGGUUUCUCCUGGGAUAAGGAGGCCUAUUUUAGACCUUCAGUUAACACUAUCCACAGGACCCACCGAAUCUGAUGUAACCACAAUUUCCCAUGGUUUCGUUCCUUGCCACAAUAGUUCCGAGUCACCAGCUUUAGCCCCUUGUGUUGAAAUAGUGGAUGAAGGGUCCACAUCAUCUCGGUGGAUAACAGGCCCUCAAGUGCCCAAUGUUGAGAUUCCUAUCCAAGUUGGACCAAAAUAUGUCUUUAGCAACUCUACUCCAGUUAAUCAACAACAACAACGCAAAACCAGCGUAAAAAUAUGCAGUUUCGAAGGAUGCACAAGAGGUGCAAGAGGUGCUUCCGGCCGCUGCAUCGCCCAUGGAGGCGGGAGGAGAUGCCAGAGGGCUGGCUGCGACAAGGGCGCCGAGGGCAAAACCGUCUUUUGUAAGGCGCACGGAGGUGGGAAAAGGUGCCAGCAUCUCGGAUGCACUAAAAGUGCCGAAGGCCGCACCGAGUACUGCAUAAGCCACGGCGGCGGCAGGCGGUGCAAUUACGAUGGCUGUCCUCGUGCAUCGAGGGGCAAGUCCGGCCUGUGCAUUCGCCAUGGUGGCGGCAAGAGGUGCAAGAUCGCGGAAUGCACCAAGAGUGCAGAGGGCAUAUCCGGCCUGUGUAUAUCUCACGGAGGCGGCAGGAGAUGCCAGUACCCCGAGUGCACAAAAGGGGCUCAAGGAAGCACCAUGUUCUGUAAAGCCCAUGGCGGUGGAAGGAGGUGCACGUUUUUAGGGUGUAUGAAAGGUGCUGAAGGGAGCACUCCGUUUUGUAAAGGCCACGGUGGUGGGAAAAGAUGUACGUCAGAAGGGUGCACGAAAAGUGUGCAUGGGGGAACGAACUUUUGCGUGAGUCACGGUGGUGGAAAGAGAUGUGCUGUCGCUGAAUGUACGAAGAGUGCAAGGGGUAGAACGGACUUUUGCGUCCGUCACGGUGGUGGGAAAAGAUGCAAGUUCGAAGGAGGGUGCACGAAGAGUGCGCAGGGGAGUACGGAUUUCUGCAAGGCGCACGGUGGAGGAAAAAGAUGCUCUUGGGGGCAAUUGGGGUUGGAGUUUGGCGGUGUGUGUGUUAAGGUUUCGUGUGAUAAGUUUGCUAGAGGGAAAUCUGGGCUUUGUGUGGCACAUAGUGCACAGGCGCAGGAGAACAGUGGCCUUUCUUCUUCUUACCCUGGAAUGAGUACAUCUCAGGAGCCGGAAUCGAGUAUGUCUACUUAUACAAGAGGGGUUGUUGUGUCUGGAAAUAGUCUUUCUCACCCUGGAAUGAUGGAUUGUGGGGCGACGUCAGUUGGUCCUAUUGGUUAUGCAAAUGGGUUUAGGCCUCUGCCGAUUUUGCCCCAUGGGAAUAUUGUUAGUGGAAGUUCUUGCUUGGAUCCAAUGUCCCUUCCGGAAGGUAGGGUUCAUGGAGGCGGUUUGAUGGCGAUGCUUAAGGGGGCUUCGGGAUUUGGAACGAGCAAUGCUAAUCAAGAACCGAAUGGGCAGUUGGAGCCGGGAAAAUCUUGUGACUUGCCUCAUAGCUGGGUGUAAGCAAUUGUUACUUGUUUCAUUAUAUUUUAUGUUCUUCUCUCUUUUAGUAAUAGUUAUGUGCUGGUUUGAGUUAUAGUGUGUAUUUCACCUAGUAUUGGAGUCUGAUUUUAAAGUUAGGGUAUGUACUAGUGUCAUUUUCAGUUUGGUUGGUUGGGUGCUUGCUUCUCUUUUCUUGUAAAUAGUUUAUUUAUCUAUUUAUUAUGAACCAAAUUGUUGUUGAUAAUAAUAUGUUUUUCACCUA